CUUUACAUAUGUUGACCAUAAAACGUGCAAUAAAAAUACAAUAGAGUGAUCCAAUUCCGAAUGAAGAAAUAAAAUUAAAAGUUUACAAAUCAAGCGAAUAUUCAGCCAAAAUGGAGUCCGGUAACAAAAUGUCGGUACUGUGGGCAUUGCUCUAUGUGAUAGGAUACGUCAGGUGCCAUGCCACAUCAUCUUCGUCGUCAGACGACCUGUCUGAAGAUCAGUCUAGUAACGAAAUAGAAAAAGCGGAGCGGCGCGCGUUAGCUCUGGACAACGAGUGGCAGUACGAAGGUAUACCCAUCGAGUUCCCAGCGCUUCCGAGCCGACGGAACCUUAACGGCAUACAAAAUGUUGGUCCGAACACCACCAGCACUACCACCACUACCACGACCCGCAGAGUAUAUCCUCCCAACAGCUAUAAGUACCGUCGCAUAUACAACCCCGACGAGCUGGCCUUCGUGGAAGACCACAAGUUUAUUGCUGCGUUGUUAGUGAACAAGCAGCUCUGGUGCGGCGCCGCGAUCAUUGACACCGAUAAGGUCUUGACUGCCGCUCAUUGUCUGCAGCUCCAGUAUAACAAUCGCUUCUUCCGAGAAUACGUCAGGAUGCUGAGCAUACGAGUGGGGUCAGACAACGCCACCUACGGAGGGGAACUAUACAGGGUUGCCGAAAUCAAGUUUCAUCCGAACUAUAAGCCCCAGACCUUGGAAUUUAACGUAGCAGUACUGAAACUCCAUAAGAACAUCAGCUUUGACAAGAUCGAGACUAAAAUUGAGGAUAUCGCCUAUACUAGAGAUAAGGUGGUACCUGUCAAUAAGGAGAUCACGUUUUUGGGAUGGGGUUCCGUCGUGGGAGUUGGCGGAGAUGGAGGCGUCGUUUUGUUACAGAAGGUUAAUCUACCAGUGUACAACUUAGCAGACUGCCAAGAUGUGUACGGGAAAGAAUUGGUCACAAAAAGCAAUUUCUGCGCUGGCUUCAUUACCAUUGCGAAGAACGUCUGCAACCACGACGCGGGCGGUCCUGCAGUAAUGGAUGGCCAGUUGGUCGGAAUUCUAUCUUUUUCGGCCCAACGCUGUGACGUCACGGAUAAGCCGGCCGUCUUCACCAACAUAGGAAUCAUCGCUGAUUGGCUGGAUGAUAUGAUAAAGCCCGGGCUAGCCGCACAAUGAUUGAGAUUAUAGCAUUGACGGUAUGGACCCUUCUUAUGAGCUCUCUUUGAUCGGAAUGAAACAAUAAUAAAUUACAUCAAUAAUAUAUUUUCUCUAAUACUGUACACACCAGUUUCCAUUUGAAAAGCAUAACAAGAAAUAAAAACAAUUAAAAAUC